AAUCUAAUCGACAUUAAUCGAUUAUAGUAUUAAUAAAAAGUUUAUUAUCAAAAAUGAUUCAUAAAAAUUGGAAUUUUUGUAAGGAUUUAUUCGAUGAUAAAAAUUACGAGGAAGCUUUUAAUAAAGAUCAAAUUGAAGAAAAAUAUGAAAGGAGUUUAUUUGCGAAGGACAAAAUAAAAAAUCUUGCACAAGCUAAUCGAUAUAAUGUUAAAAAAAUUCGUAAAGAUUUAAAGGCCAUGUUACCUAUGAUACCUUUUGUCGAAGUAAAACGGUUCUAUUUAAAAUACAAUGAAGCAAUAAUAGAUGAACUUAAAGAGGAUGGUUUAGAAGAGGCAGCUGAUUUUAUUCAAAAAUUAAUUGAAUUCAAUGAAGAAAAAAGAAAUAUCGCUGGCCCUGAUACAUCGAUUUGGGCUAAGCCACGAUUAAUGGAUCAACGAGAUCUAUUAGAUAAUCUUAAAGAAGCUUUAAUCGCAAUUGAAAGUGCUAAAAAAAACGAGCAAUGGAUCGAGGUAUCAAAUUAUUGGAUAAAAAUAUCAAUAUUUUUUCAAUCGAAAGGUGAAGAUUGGUGGUGGGUAACAAAAACACUUUAUCAAAAUGCCCUAAAAGCAGCUGAAUCCAUUGAAGAGGACAACGGAUACAAUAUUACUGCAAUACGAUAUCUUUAUGGAAGAUUUCUUUUCAUGAUAGGUCACAAUGAAAUAUUGUAUGUCAUUAAAAUCAAACUGAUAAAUCUUGUAAAUAUAGACGCUGAAUGGCUCAAAGCACUCGAGUAUUUGGAUAUUGCGCGAAAAGCAUCAGAAGAAAGGAUAUGGAACGUUUCUAAUAUUUUAGGCGAGAACGAACAAACUAUUUUUAAAGAAUCUUGUGCUCUUAUAUGUAAAAUACUUCUAACUCUUGUUCAACGUAUCGGUGAAGAAGAUUCAGAGUUUGCUAUAAAUGCUUGCAACGAAGCUUUACAAAGAGCCAUGGACAGCAAGUUUUCCUUUUUUUUUAUUCUUCCUUUCUUUCUUUCUUUCUUUCUUUCUUUCUUUCUUUUUUUCUUAAUGUUUCAUAAUAAAAAUAAUUAUUUUAUACAAAAUCUUAUAUGUUUCAAGCUAGCUGGUCAUUACGAUUACAUAGCUAAUGCAUUAUAUGAGUUAGGAAGAAUACAUUUGCAUUAUGGCUAUGUCAAAGAAGCUUUGCAAGAAUUUUCUAAAUUACUUGCCAUGGCUAAAAGAAUACCAGAUCCAAAGGGAAUUUGUAAUGCACACAUGGAAUUAGCCUUUGCUUAUAAGGAAAUUGAUGAUACUGCAAAUACAGAAAAACAUCUACAUUUGUUUAGAAAGAAUGCUACCCAAUUUAAUUUGUCAUAUAAACUUGCACAAGCGCAUUACUAUACCGGCGAGUAUUUAUUAAAUCAGAUGAAACCAAAUUUGGCAACGUCACAUCUGGAGAAUGCUUUUACCUUAUAUUAUGAUCUCGGAUUUAUAAAGGAAGCAGAUCAAGCAAGAUUUAUCACUGGAAUAUCGAGGGGACAAGAACAAAUUGAACAAUUUAUAGAUCUGGUAUUAGAAUGUGGAAAACAUAAUCCAUAUGCUCUUUUAAAAAUGUGUACCUGGAAAAGUAACAGAAAUGUUUUCUGGGCCGAUAAACAACGCGAUAUUGAUACAGGUUUUUAUGACUUCACUUAUUUAUAUAUUAUCUUAAUAUAAUGACCUACAAUAAUUAAAUAUUAUUACAUAUUGCAGAUUAUCAUCAUGAAUAUUGUGAAUAUUUUACAUAUCCAAGUUCGUUAAUUUUAAAUAAUUCAACAAAAGAAAAUUUAGAAAAUCAAUAAUAUAAGUAUCUCUUAAAAUUGUUUUUCAUCUUAUAUAUAUAUAUAUAUUUAUA